AUGACGAGAAGGCUUGUCAACGGUGACGAUGAUGCUGAUUCACUCGUGCCUUAUCACCUAAAUUAUUUUAUACUGGCUUUAUGGAAAGCUGAUAAACGUGAUAAAAAUGUAGCAAAAAUAGCCAAAAUUAUCAACCUUUACUUCAAAAAAAAUGUUGUUGUUGUGCCGCCAGCAAGGAACAAUGACGAUCUGCCAGAAUAUGAAGAAUCAAGUGGCGGUGUACAACCCAGCGCUGUUCCCUACAUUGUUGAAUCAACACACACCAGAGCUGCAAAAGAUUCUGACUUCAAAUAUUAAAAAGAAAUUUCCAUCAAACGUUUUUUAUUAAUUAAAGUUCUCAAACUUUAUAACAUAUCAGUCUUAUCAAAACUUGAAAAAUUGUAUCAAAUACCAGAGAUUUUAAAAUAAAAAAUUAUACUUUGGCAUUUCAUGCAUUGCAAAGUUUCUCAGAAGUUUUCCCUUA